AUGCAUCUUCACAGGAGGGAUCGAGCCAUUAUUGAAGGUAAUAUCAAACUAGAGAUUAUCCACGAAUCCAAUCCUUACUUCGCUGGCGAACCAAUAUGUUUGCUCAUACGCUUGAAACAUCUCGGCUCAGAGCAACAGAGAGAAACUAUAAAGAAGAAGAUCGAUGCUUUGGAACAAAAGAGGAGAGAACUAAUCGAUAGUUUGAACAAUGACAACGAAUCAAAGCCAUGGUUGGUGAAAACUCUUUGGAACACGUUCCACCAGGAAGAACGUUUCAAAGAUGAGUCCCUUCAAUCCCAGAUUGAUGGUCUUAAAAAGAAAUUGGAGUUUCACGAAGCUGUAGAUCUAAUGUCAUGCUUUAUGCAGAUCGUGGGACAAUGCUCUAUGGAUGAUGAUGUAAUACAUAUGGACUCGCUCUCUGUAGGAUCUAAAGGACCCCAGCUGGUAGGAAUUGGUUCCCAAAACACACAAAGUGGCGAAGAUGAUCCGCUUACCAGCAUCGUUUCUUCCUUUUUCAACACUAAUCUAGACGAAGAAUCGUUAAAGGCCUCUCCCCUUAUGUCUACCGAGACAAUCGACACGAAAGACUGGAUCAAGGUUCCGUUCCUUUUGAUUCCUCAAACUUUACUAUUCUCUGAACUGCUGUUACAACCAGGUGAAACUAGAGUAUUCAAAUUCAAUACCGAAAGAUUAAGAAAAGAUCUACCUCCAUCCUACACCAAUUCCGCCCAUUUCAAUAUAUCGUAUAUCACACAAUUGGGUAUUUCAAUUAAUGAUCCAAACGAAAUUCCUCAUCAACACUUUUUCAACUUCCCAAUAACCAUAUAUCCUUACGUCGAUAAGAAUAUUUGUCAGUACGAGAUGCCUCUUAAUAGGGAAUUGACUAUUAGCAGCCCGGGGAAAGUGCAAGAUAUGGGGAACUCUGUAAGGUAUACUAAGAACAGGAAGCGGACUAUGCAAUCUACUCAAAUAGAAGAAGAUAUCAGAAGGAGAAGUAUAUCAAUGAUUGGAAAGACUUCUGGUCCGUCUAUCGAGUCAAUGAAGAAUAAAUUCAAAGAAGUAGUAUCCAAGUGGGAUGAAAAAGAAGAUCCUGAACUGGCAAUGAACUCUUUGUUGGAACAUCAAUUUGAGAAAGAACAGCCAGCUUCCGUUCGAGUCAAUUUGGCUCAAUUUUUUUUCGAAGGCAAGCACGACCAUGAAUCUUUGACAGAGGAUCCUGAUUCAAAACUACUCUCUCAGUUACAUUCGCUACAAAAAGAAUAUGUGGUAAAAAUGAACGAGAAAUUCAUUUGUAACUUGGAAUUAUCAAAACCUGUUUACUCUAUUAUAGACCAGAUUGAUCUUACUUUAGAUUUCGAAAGCCCAGAAAAUGACCCAAGCUUCAAGGUAACGGCAGUAACCGCAUGUAUAGAAACGUUUGAGCUGAUAAAUCCGAAAUUUUCCACUGAACAGAAUGUAUCCAAGAAGAAACCAAAUGGAACUCUGAUUUAUGAGAGUCAUGCAACUAAUUUCGAUGAAUGUAAAAGAAUAUCCAUGAAACUUAUGCCCCAGUGCUCCCCAACAACUAUGAUUACAAGUCAGUUCAAAACAGAUAUUUUCCAAUUGAAAUGGAUGUUAACAUUUAAGUUCGUCAUGAUCCCAAUCUCUAGCGAGAAAGAGGAGUAUUUCUUAGACAAAACUUAUGAAGACAAAAAAGGCACGUUAUAUCAUGCCAAAAAAGAUAUAGAAGGCUAUAAUUUUGUUUUCCAUGUCCCACUUAAUGUACUACCAACUGAAAAGCAACUCGCUGGUUGGUAG